GAUCUCCCCCGUCUUCGGUGUCAUCGUCAAGGACGUCGAAAGUCUAGUUCGUCUACAGGGAACAAGAACGAUGCUCAGUCGACGCUUGGUUUCUCGACUCGGCUCUCGCGCUGUCACAGCAACACGCACGGCGUCGACAUCGUCUAGCGUCCCAGCUGCAGCGCCGGACCCUCCCUCACAACAAUCCUCUGUCGCGCCUGCUCCCCAAGCUCCGAAUGCGGUCAAACCAUGGUCUACCAGCCAAAGGCCUCGCCCACAAGGUCGCUCUGGCCCACGCUUUGAGCAGACUAAGAUGGAACUCCAACCCAAUCCAUUGAGCGCAAUGGCGAUGAUCAGUGAGGAGCCAACUCGGAUUGUACAUGGGCGCAAGGCGGUUUGUGAUGGAGGAGGAGGUCCUUUGGGCCACCCCAAAAUCUUCAUCAACUUGGACCAACCAGGUCCCCAUACUUGCGGAUAUUGUGGUUUGCGUUUCGAGCAGGCUCCACAUCACGGACACCAUGAAUAGAGCAUCUUUGUAUAUCUCGUCUUUCCAAUACUAUUUGCCAUGAAAUUUGGACCACCCGAA